AUGCUUCAACAUUCAGCAGGUCCCUUUUUCCUUCCACUUUUAUCUUCGGAGGAUGUUCUUCUGCUUACCAGGCAGAAGGAGCAACAAAUGUUGAUGGAAGAGGACCAAGUAUUUGGGAUACCUUUAGUCAACAGCAUUCUGGGUGUUGCUAAAGCAAGGAAUGAUUCAAUAGCAGUGGAUGAAGCCUGCAAGGAUGGUAUCAGAAUUAGAUACCUCAUUGGGCACCUUCAUUUUCUUCUUCAAGCGAUCAAGGAAGGUGUUAAUGUGAAGGGCUACUAUGCAUGGAUGGGGUGUGAAUAG